AUGAUCGGUGUGGCCCAGGGGGCAGGGCCUCAGCCUUCUAAGCCAAGCUCCCUCUUCCUCCCUCUGACGUUGGCACUGGCAGUGCAGGGCUUCCCCAUAAUCCUGGCAGGCAAGCCUCCCCUGGGGUUCCAAACUUCUGUCCCCACUGAAGUGUUUAUCCUCUUCUCUAAUCCCAGCCUCCUUUUCCCUGUUUCCAUGUGCUCUGAGAGAUGCUCCCGCUCCCCCAGGCUCCCUCUGCAUCCCCCUCAUUUUCUUCCUCCCCACUGUGUCAAUGGGGUCCUAACCCCACCCUCGGCACUGUCACCUUUUCCUGAUCUGAAGUGGGACCUUCUUUUCCCCCGAGUGGUCCUGUCUAGGGGUGCCGCUGCCGGGCCCCCUCUGCUCUUCCUGCUGGAGACUGGGGCCUUUUGGGAGUCAGCAGGCACCCGGGCCAACCGCAGCCAGCGAGGGGUCAGCGAUACUUCGCCGGCGAGUCAUCAGGGUGAGCUGGCCGUGUGCGAUGCAGUCACUGGCUGGGUGACAGACCCCUGGACCGCUGUGGACUUGGUUGUGCUCGAGGUGGAGGUGUUGGGCGAGGUGCCUGCAGCUGGCGGCAGUUCCCUCCUCCAACACUUCUUUGUCACCUGCUUCGAGGCCGAUAACUCUGAGGAAGGUGGCCCAGGGGUAGGUGGAGGGGCUGCCGCCGGGGUGUGGACCGGGGGGCACUGGGUGUCUGAGUGCAAGGCCAAGCAGUCCUAUGUGCGGGCAUUGACCGCUGAUGCCCAGGGCUGUGUGGACUGGCGAUGGAUUCAAAGUGGCACUGCCUGUGUCUGCACACUCCUCAGCCGGACUGGCCGGGCCUGA